AUGGCCACCAAAGACAUCGCUGACAGCACCACCUCUCCUUCACCUUUCGAAGAAGGCACGAUGCUCCGUGGCGGACACAACACCGAUCCCCCGCUCCCAGAGAAUAGCCCCACGGUCAACUACAAACUCAAUCAUCUGAUGCUCCGUAUCCGCGACCCCAAACGGACUCUUCAUUUCUACAUCGAUCUUAUGGGCAUGCGCACUGUCUUUACCAUGAACGCUGGUCCUUUCACUCUCUACUAUCUUGGAUACCCAACCACCGAAGCAGACCGCGCCGACCUCCCCACUUGGGCCUCCAAGGUCCCUAUCACCCAGACCCUCGGUCUGCUGGAAUUAUUCCAUAUCCAUGGCACUGAGAGUGCCCCGGACUUUGAGAUCUCCAACGGCAAUAUCCCUCCGCAUCUGGGAUUCGGACAUGUCGGAUUCACCGUCCCAGACGUCGCAGCGACAGUCGCCCGACUGAGAAGCAACGGCGUCCCAGUGAUCAAGGAACUAGGCGAUAGUUCGCGGGAGAGCGUGCCCCUAAGCGAGUGGGAGGCCGAGCGCGGGAUCGGGAUCGGUGAGCUGCAUCCUAAUUAUAAGAAAUUAGUUGAUCAGAUUGCUUAUGUGGCUGAUCCGGAUGGAUAUAUCGUAGAACUUAUUCCUCAGAAUUUGCAGAAAUAG